CAGCAGCAACAGCAUCAACAAUCCUUGCAAUCAGCCCGUCGUCCAUCGAGCGACGCCAGUCCCUCGUCACUUGGUCCGUUUGUCCUGCCCACGUCGAUGACACAAACACCCAGCAUGCACUUGUUGGAGAACAACAACCUGAUGGAAGUCGCAAUCGCCCAGCAGCACCAGGCACAGCAGCAGGCAGCCCAGCAAAAGCACCAGGGCAAGCAGACCAGCAGUCCCACCAACAACAACAACAACAACAACAAUAUCGACGCCUGGAGGCUCAUUCAAAGUGGACACCAGUGGUGGAGUCCACCCAGCAGCGUUCAUCAGGACCAAGAAAUGUCUCCCAUCUCCCAGCCCAGCCAGGUCCAGAGCAUCAUUCCCAGCCAGGUCCAGAGGCUUCAGGCUCAGGUUCAGGCUCAAACCGCUCAGCAGCAAUCCCAAACUCAGCAGCAGCAACAACCUGCUCAGUCAGACGUUGAUCAGCCCCUGGACUUCUCUGUUGGCUCCAUGCAGCAGCAGAGGCUCCAUUCCCGCGUUCAAACCAUUCAUGAUAGACUCCAGGGCAAGAUGCAUGACAAUAACAAUACCACGGGUGCCGCUGUUAAGAUUGUAAACAGUGCUAGAAGAAGUAACAGCCCCAGUGAGGCUAGCACCAGCGCCAGUGAAGAUGAGGGAGUGUCUACUGGUGGUAGUCCUUCGGGUCCUUUGAGGGGUGCUGAAAAUGAUUCCUGUGAUACUAUCGUAGAUAGAUCUUACGGAAAAGUGUGGAGGGGUGAUGCCGAGAGCACGUGGAGAAGUGAACAGCAGAAUUUCAAGAGAACAUCACCUUUAAAUAUUUGUGCAAUAACAACUGCAGCAGCAAUGACCACCACCGCGAGCAGUGUCACGUCUCAACCUCACCUGUCACCUUCAAUCGCAGCUCCUGUCACCACUCCUGAUCACAGGACUGCCAUUUCAUUACAAGCUAAACAGGGUAUUUCUCCAGCGAGUGACGCACUUGGACGGAUCGACAAAGAUGUAGAAUCUCCAGAAUCGAUUAACGAUGCCGACUUACACGGUGAUGUCGAUGCCCCAGAUCUCAGUGGUGAUGACAGGAGUAUCGCAAGUGACGUCCACGAUGCUCACGAGGCUAUCUUGGACCACGAUUCCAUGGACUCUGACCGCGGGGCUCUCAAUCUGGUUACAGAUGUGUCACAGCGGAAUAGCAGUGGUGGUACCAGCGGGAGUGCAUCAUCCCCGAGUUCCGGGGUGAGCAGUCAGCUAACCGGAAGCCACGCUGGUGCUGGAAAUUCCCCGGCAGCGUUGGCGGCCCAACUGGUCAGCCAGCAGUUGCUGAUGCACGGAUCUCUGGGCGCUUUAAGCUCCCAAGAAAUUCAGGCACUUGCAUCGACUCUUCAGCAGCAACAAUCGCUCCAGCAAUCGCUGCAGCAGCAUCUCCAGCAGAUCGCAAUGUUCCAGCAAGCUAAUCCGGCGACGGGUCAACUUCCUGCACAAGCGCAGUUUUUCUUACAAAAUCAGGUACAACAGGCAGUGGCACAAGCGGCCCAACAGCUUCAAGCAUUGCAAAAACAGCAGACACUACAAGGUAGCAAUAUUGUAGGCCGUAAUGUCAGUCAGCAAAGAUCUCCGCCGCCACCUGGUACCCCACCGGCCGUUAAGCCGCCGACUACAAGGCUAGAUCCGUCGCCCGAAGAGACAACAGAUCUCGAAGAGUUGGAGCAAUUUGCCAAGACGUUCAAACAGAGGCGUAUUAAACUCGGCUUUACUCAAGGAGACGUCGGUCUUGCCAUGGGAAAACUCUACGGGAACGAUUUCUCUCAAACGACUAUCUCAAGGUUUGAAGCGCUGAAUCUCUCGUUCAAAAAUAUGUGUAAAUUAAAACCUCUGCUACAAAAAUGGCUCGAGGAUGCCGACAACUCGCUGAACAACCCUAACUCGCUGUCGAAUCCAAUGACAACCCCCGAAGCGAUCGGAAGACGAAGGAAAAAACGGACCUCUAUUGAAACGAGCGUUCGGGUCGCUUUGGAGAAGGCUUUUUUGCAAAAUCCCAAACCUACGUCUGAGGAAAUCACUAUUCUUGCCGAUAGUUUAGCCAUGGAGAAAGAAGUCGUCAGAGUGUGGUUUUGCAAUAGGCGACAAAAAGAAAAACGGAUCAACCCACCAACAGCCGCAAUGGGAAGUCCGACAAUGCCAUCAUCGGCGCCCUCGGUAUUUGCUUCAUUGGCGAGUUCGAUGUCUGCAAGCCCCUUGGCACUAACCACCCACUCGUCGGGAAUGUCAGGACACCCUCACUCGACGCCUCUUGGUUCACCUUUACCGUUGGCGCUGGUGGCAUCCGCGGGGGGGAAUUAUCAUAGUCUAAAUAGCAAAUCUCACGAGUGACAGCAGCCUGCGACCCACCAAAGGGACGCUAUUUAUUACCAUCACCAACAACAACAACAACAACAACAACAACAACCCCAACAGCCACAACAGCCCCAGAAUCAUUUCCAUCACCUUAACCAUGAUCACCGCCA